AUGUCCAGCCCAAAUAAGAGUUCUAGACAAGUCCUAUGCUUUCAAGAUCUGCUAAAUAUAGAAGGAUCGAGGUCCAGUCAGAGAAAUUCGAGACACCAUCAUGGCCAGAACGACGACGAUUCGGAGGAUGAUGGACAGAAUGCGGUUGCCACUGCCUUUUUCGAGUUGGCCAACGCUGAGGCCAUCUCCUACCGGAUAUCUCCGGCUUUGGAGAUUGUAAUCCAUCAGGAUGUGUCAGCUUGUGGUCAACAUACUGGAGGAAUUGUAUGGGAGACAAGCUACUUGUUGCUGAACUACCUGAGAGCCACUGGACAUUCCUGCCAGCGAUUGUUGGAAGUUGGGGCAGGAUGCGGUCUGGUCGGCCUGGGAUGUCACAAGAUGGGUACCAAGCUCGCCACCAAAGAAGUCAUUAUUACAGAAACAAAUGAAGUGAUGAAGAAUCUGACAGAAAACUGGAGACGGAACUAUCCCUCAUCCUCGAAAGAAACAUCGGGAACGGAUGAUGUUGACGAUGAUGAUGACGACAAUAACAAUAAGGAAUCAUCUGACCCAAAACUGAGGAUAUGUGAACUGGAUUGGACCAGAUAUCGGGAAGAUUGCAAGAAGGUCAAGAUCAAGAAACAUUCGGUUGAUACAAUUGUCGGAACCGAUGUUGUCUUUGCUACAUCCUUGGUCGAACCACUCCUGCAAACCAUGCGAUAUUUGGCUCAUGACGAUACCGUUGCCUACUUGUGCUUGCAGGAGCGUUGCAAGGACUCCCACAAAUUACUGUUGGACAAGGCAGGGAGCUAUGAUUUCAAGAUUGAGGAUAUAUCAGAGGAAUAUGCAGCAUUACCGGAAUGCAAAUGGGGCAAAGACUUGGAAUGUUGCUUGCUAAAGUUCACAAUUGAGAAUAAGAGUGAAACAACGAAGAAAGCAAGGAAAGGAAAGCGAAAGCGAUCCAAGGAAUCUGAUUGA